AUGAGAUCGGUUCCACUAUUAAUUUCUUCAUUUUUCCUUUUGUUGGGAAACGUGCUUGCUGACACGCAUGUCUACAACUGGACAACAUCAUGGGGUAAAGAGAACCCAGAUGGAUUGCAUAAGAUGGAUGUCGUGUUGUGCAAUGGCGAAUAUCCAUGGCCUGACAUCAGAGUUAAGGAAGGUGACAGAGUUAUCAUCAACUUGACCAACGGGUUGCCUGAUCAGAACACUUCUCUUCAUUUCCACGGUUUGUUCCAAGAGAACACCAACGAGUAUGAUGGUGUUCCAAUGCUUACCCAAUGUGAUAUUCCUCCAAAUGAAACUAUGGUUUAUAACUUCACUGUUCCUGACCAGCACGGAAGUUACUGGUAUCACUCUCAUACCAAGGGACAAUACAUGGAUGGCAUGCGUGGCGCUUUCAUUAUUGAAGAUAAGGAUGAUGCUCCAUUCGAUUAUGAUGAAGAUGUCACCCUCACCAUCACCGAAUGGUAUCAUAGUAUGAUUUCCGACUUGAUUCCCGAAUUCUUGAACAGAUUUAACCCAACUGGUGCUGAGCCAAUUCCUCAGACUCUUUUGUUCAACAACACUCUUAACGGAACGUGGAAUGUCAAACCUGACACCACUUAUCUUCUUCGUAUCAUCAACAUCGGUGGUUUUCUAUCUCAGUAUGUGUGGAUCGAGGACCAUAGCUUCACUGUUGUCGCAGUUGAUGGUGUUUAUGUCGAGCCUAACGAGACUGACUAUUUGUAUAUCACCGUUGCUCAAAGAUACGAUGUCUUGGUUCACACCAAGAACGAUACUUCCAAAAACUAUGCUUUCAUGCAAAAGAUGGAUGAGGAUAUGUUAGAUACCACCGAUGGUGUUAUUCACAUGAACAGCACUAAUGCUGUGGUUUACAAUUCAUCUGCUCCAUUGCCUGAUGAGUAUUAUUCUGACAACUACCUUGAUGACUUCUUGGAUGACUUCUACUUGGUUCCUGUUGACAAGCAGGAGCUUUACGAUGACUACGACUAUCAAAUCAAGAUCGACGUUGUGAUGGACAACUUAGAUGAUGGUAUAAACUAUGCAUUCUUCAAUAAUAUCACGUAUGUUGCUCCAAAGGUCCCAGCAUUGGGAACUGUUCUUUCCUCUGGUAACUACAGUACAAAUGAGUUGGUUUAUGGUACCAACACGAACUCUUUCGUUCUCCAGAAAGAUGAAGUUGUCGAAUUGGUUCUCAACAAUAACGAUACCGGUAAGCAUCCAUUCCACUUGCACGGACAUGUUUUCCAAGUCGUUGAAAGAGGUCCAGAUUACACUGACAGUGAGGAUCCUGUCCCUUACAAUGAGAGUGCUCCAUACACUGCUCCAGAAUAUCCAAUGAUCAGAGACACGCUUUAUGUCAGACCACAAUCUUACUUCCGUAUUAGAUUCAAGGCUGAUAACCCUGGUGUGUGGUACUUCCAUUGCCAUAUUGAGUGGCAUUUGCUUCAAGGACUUGCAAUUGUCCUUAUAGAAGACCCAGAACAAAUCCAGAAAGAUCAAUCAGUUUCUGAAAAUUGGAAGGAUAUAUGUAAUGCAAACGGUGUUCCUUAUGACGGUAAUGCUGCUGCCAACACCAACAACUUUUUGGACUUAACCAAUCAAAACGUUCAGGUCAAGAACUUACCUGCCGGUUUUACUGCUAGAGGUAUUGUUGCCUUGGUCUUCUCUUGUAUUGCCGGUAUUUUGGGAUGUGCUGCUAUUUGCUACUAUGGUAUGGCCCAGAUACCAGAUAUGGAAAAGAAGGUGUAUGCUGAACUAUCCCCAGAAGAGAGAUUGAUGUUGGACAAAGAGGAUGAUGAUGACAUUGAGGAUGAGGAAGAAGCUAGUAGUGACAGCAAAAUAAAAAAGGAAGGUUCAUCUUCAGAGAAGGAUGGUGAAACAAAAAUCAUCUCUCGUAGUUGA